AUGCUAUGCUAUGGAAAUACUAUUGUAAAGAUUAACCAAGUUCAACAAUCUAUAAGAGAGAACAUCAAUUCUAUCAUUGAAGAUAAUGAUAUAGAAUUAGUUAUGUUUGUACCUAUUAAUGUGGAUGAAAGAGAUCCUAAUAUUGCAACUUUAACACAUCACAAUAUAAAUAAAGAACCUAAUUCUAAUAACUGUCCAUUAAAGAUAUCUUUAGUUAGUGUUUCUCAAAAUGAACCUCAGGAAGCCAAAAAUGAUGAAAAUGCUAUUAUCAAAACUUUAGUUAAAGAUUAUUCAAAAGAAUCUAUGUUAUUUAUUAUUGAUGAAAUGAAAAUAAUUCAAAGUGAAUUAUACAUUUACAUAAGAGAUAUUAAUUAUGUUAAUACAUAUUUAACAACUAAAAAACAGGUAGCCGAGUCUGAAUAUAAAAAAAUUUCUGAAGGUACAAGUUUAUUGAAACUAGUUGAUUCAGAUAAAGUUGAAUUGAAUCAAUCAGACACAUUGGCAUCCAGAAUUGAAGAUUUGGAUCUUGCAAAUAUUAGUCAUAAGAAUGGAUCACAAGAAGGUCAGAAUGUAUCUGAAGAUUAUGAAGAAUUAGAUAAAUCUGAUGAUGAGGAAAAAACUGAAGAGUCAAUGCCAAAGAAUAAAUAUAAAAAAGCUAGUAGUUGUAGUUCUACGAAGAGA